ACAAAAUCACGUUUCUGGGUUCUGGGUAAUCUCCGUAUUCUCGAUUUUCAAUCAUCACAACUAAAAAAUUAAUUAACAUGAAAACAAGCCUUUUCAAGACAUUAUUGGGUUGUUACCAGUCUAAUACAAUUUUCGAGUUUGAUGAAUUCAUGUAUCGGCCAGUUGAGUGGCUGAUGAUGACAAAUAACAGAAUAGUGGUGGCUUGUCAAGAUAGAAUGUUGAAUUUAUUUGUUUUCAAGGUCAUCAAGUUUGCGGAUGAGCAAGAGAAAGUAGAUGGUGAAACCAAAACUGAACUAAUGGAUAUUAUUAAUGGAUUAGAUUUUUUCAAUAUUCUUACAGCAGGAAUUCAUCAAUUAGAAAACGAGGUUGUUGCAAUUACUACCUAUCGUGGAUUGGAUUUGGGUAGGCUGAGAGCAGAAAAAAUAGGGAAAGGGGAAAAGAUAGCUGUCUCGUUAGUUCUAAAGAUUUUAUUGCAGGUUACGGCAGCCUUAAAAAGGCUUCAUGAAAAUGAUUUGAUACACAGAGAUGUAAAAUUGGGGAAUAUUUUCAUGGAUAAUAAUAGUAAUUCAGAUUUGGUUGUUUUGGGCGACUAUGGAGUUGCAACAAAAAUUAAUCAUAUUCAAGACUUUGAACUUUAUUCUAGUGUAGGCUCUGUGGGGUAUUUGCCUCCUGAGCUAGAGGUAGAAAAUCAUGCAAGUUUUAAAUGGGAUGUGUGGAGUCUUGCAAUCACAAUAUUGAAGUUUAUGUUUGGGGAUGAGCAGUGUGAUUUUACAAAACAUUAUCAUUUGUUGGAAUUUAAUAAUAACAAUUCAGAAAAAAAGUUCAUAACUACAGUCCAUAGAGUUGAAAAACUAUUUGAGCAAAGCACCCAUUGCUUAAAAGACUCACCAUUAUGGAAAGAUGUUAAGAAUGUUCUUCUUAGAAUGCUAUUGAGAGAACAUGAACGACCAAAUGUGAAACAAUUAUUCAAUGAAUUUUUUGUGGGAAAGGGGUUAGUGAUUGAUUAUGUAUUCCAUAAACUCAAAACUAUCUCAUCCAAAUCUAACGAAGAAUUACUCUUAAACUUGAGAAAGGUUUUAAGUUUUAAAGAAAGUGAAGCGUUCGAAAAGGGAUUGAGUUUUACCCAAUUCUGGUUCAUUUUAGAUGUUUUGAUUAAAAAUCCCAAAUUUGGAGGCACCUAUGUGCACAAACCUUUCGAGCCCCAAUUCACUACUGUCACUCCUAUAUUUUACAAACAAAUGGAUGGAGAAUGGAAAUGGUCACCUGAUGGCGAUUAUUGGAUGUCAUGCAGUACAGAAACAGUGAUAGGAGGAUAUUAUGAUGGUCAAAUGCCAGUUAUGGAAAAUAUUCGCCUUCUUAAAUGGUUGCACAAUGAUUAUGGAGUGGCUAUAGUUGAUUUAGGGUUGGAAUGA